AAUAAAAAAAGGAUCGAAUAAAUAAAUAAAAUCAUUUUGAAGAGAAAAAGAAAACCCCUGGAAUUCACAAUGCAACAAGAGUUAGAGCAAUGGAAGGAACAAGUUUUUCAUCUAUGGAAUGUAGCAAUUGAUUAUCUUCGCCAAGUUCCCCUAAACCAACUCCAUGCUUUUACUAUCGUGCUUAUCACAACCCUCCUUCUUUACAUACUUAGGGCUUGGAAGCGCACCAAAUCUAACACCAUUGUUUUGACGGGACUUAGUGGUAGUGGUAAAACUGUUCUCUUCUAUCAGCUUAGGGAUGGCUCUACUCAUCAGGGUACUGUUACAUCAAUGGAACCUAAUGAAGACACUUUUAUUCUUAAUGGUGAAAAAACAAAGAAGGGCAAGAUAAAACCUGUUCGUAUUGUUGAUGUUCCCGGGCAUUCUCGUCUUCGACCCAAACUGGAUGAGUAUUUGCCUCAAGCAACUGGUGUAGUCUUUGUGGUUGAUGCUUUGGACUUCUUACCAAAUUGCCGUGCUGCCUCAGAGUAUCUAUAUGAUCUAUUGACCAAGGGAAGUGUUGUGAGGAAGAAGAUUCCUCUGCUUAUUCUCUGCAACAAAACAGACAAAGUUACUGCUCACACGAAAGAAUUUAUCCGGAGACAGCUCGAGAAGGAAAUCGACAAAUUGCGGUCAUCGAGAAGUGCGGUUUCAGAAGCUGAUGUUACAAAUGAGUUCUCUUUGGGAGUAUCUGGCGAGCCAUUUUCCUUUACUCAAUGCUCUAACAAAGUUACAACUGCAGAUGCUUCUGGUUUAACUGGGGAGAUAUCUCAGCUAGAAGAGUUUAUCAGAGAAUAUGUGAAGCCAUAGUUGAAUAUUAUGUUUAAACUAAGAUUUUUGUUGAAUUAAAUAUGUUGUGAAUGAUAUUUCUUGGAUGUUAGAACCUAUUAAAAUCAACAUGUCGUGGAGUUUGUCGGGGGUAAGAAUCGCUAUGUUGGGAUCAAUUAAAAUCAACUUCAUUUGGAAAAUUACAUUAGCGUUUUGGCAGCAAAAUGCAGCUUGGAAAAA